AUGGAUCCAUCAGCGGUUCAAGAAGUGAAGAAACCUGAUCAAUAUCUCUCAGCCUCAAAGACAACGCCACUUCUGUAUGAAGAGAAGAAACUCAACGCCACUUCUGUAUCCGCUCUUGAUAUGAUACUCGAGUCUCUUUGGAAGAUUAGGUUUUUCUUUAACGCUUAUUGGUUGGAUUAUGUUGAAUCUGCUCCCCCAAAGGAGAUACUUCGUACUUUCCUACUCAACAAUCUCAGUCUCACUCAUUCUCUGGAAUCAAACGAUGUUCUUAAACUGUUUCUAAACAUCUUGGAGCUUCUUCCUCGCUGUUAUUCACACUUUGAAGUUGAUGAAGUGGCCACAACCAUUUGCAUUAGAUGCAAGAUGAAUAUGGCGUAUUCUCGUCAACGUUCUUAUGGCAUCAUCGUCAAUGCUGAUUCACUAAGAGUUUACAACUCUGUAUUCGUGAUUAAUGCAUUUGAGACUACCCUUAAGAUCAUCAGGCUCAACGUUAAGAUGCUUUGCGACAAGGAAGGAUGUGGGAAACGAAACUAUGUUCAACGUAUGAUAAACAAUCUCCCAACUGUUUUCACAAUUGCACUUCAGUGGGAGAACAAUGAGACUAGCAUCGAUAUAUUCAGGGCAGCUACUGUUCUAGAAACUGAGAUAUGUAUUAGUGCCAUAUACAGAUACAAAUGUGACAGCUUAUACACCAAAUACCAUCUGGUCUCAAUGGUUUGCUCGCAUGGGGAUCAAUACAACUGUAUAGCUUAUGAAAACAAUAGAUGGGUCAGAUAUUUUGGUUCUGCGAUAGAGGUUAUAGGAGACUGGAAGAGUGUUGUCAACAGUUUCCUAACGCACGAUAUUCGACCCGAGAUUCUGUUUUUUGAGAGCGUACGUAAGCUCCUUGGACAGCAUACAUGCUUAUGUUUUUUACCUUUGCUAAUGUGUGUCUUCCCAGUUCCACCUACAUGAAUCGCAG